AACAAAAAUGUAUUUGAAAGCGUAGUUUCGGACCACUUCAAAGUAAGUACAUAUACGGUAUAAUCAGGCUGCGCAGUAGGGUUGCGCGAUAAAUUCUAUUCGUUAUCGUCGAUCGCGCGUUGGCUUUCAGUUGCCGUUCGGCCGGCCACCGAGUAGGAUCUCUGUCUCGUCAGUGACCAAAAUUAAAAAUUUUUCCUUGAUUCUACGGAGGUAUUGUUCUUCGGUAUUAAUUUUUAUCUCAUAUUAUCGACAUUCUCUUUGCAUUUGGACAAUAAACGAUUGUUAUCUGUUGCUCCGACUAACAUAAGCGUCAUCGAAAGAACAUAUUGUCGAUAUUGAUACAAGAUGAGUACACCGGGCAAGCAAGUGCGGAAUGGUACUUACGAGUUCGAUUACAUGCGUGUGCCCGAAAACAAAACACGAUGGGAGGUUAUACGUGAUGGCAUUUACAAUCCUGUUAAUGGCACCUAUUGUGGCCAUCCACCUAAAAAGUGGGCUUGGACUGCAGUAUUUUAUAGCUGUUUCUUCUCGGUUUUGGCCUUGCUCUUUGCAAUUUGUAUGAAGGGCCUUUUGUCGACUCUAAGCAACGAUAAACCUAAAUGGAUAUUAGAGAGUAGUAUCAUUGGGACCAAUCCAGGACUUGGAUUUCGGCCAAUUUCGGACAAUCCAGAUGAGAGAUCUUUAAUUUGGUAUAGAGCGUCGAAUGCAAGCGAAGUGGAAAAAUGGACCAAACUUUUGGAUAAAUUUUUAGAAGAAUACAUAGAUUCGUCUCUUUUACCAAACGGUGGUAGGAAUCAACAGAUUUGCAGUUAUAAUCAACCACCAAAGUCCGGAAAUGUUUGUGCUGUCGAUGUCAAUAAUUGGGGACCUUGUUCGCCGAGACAACAAUAUGGUUUCAACAAUUCAGCACCUUGUGUUUUUAUUAAAUUAAAUAGAAUAUAUGGAUGGAUACCCGAAUAUUAUAACGACACUAAAAAUCUACCAUCGGAUAUGCCGAUUAGCUUAAUCAAUCAUAUUAAAAAAACCAACAGUUCUUGGUUAAAUACUGUGUGGGUAUCAUGCAAAGGGGAGGAUCCAUACGAUAAUGAAAUUAUCGGUGAAUUAGCAUACUAUCCGCAAAAUCAUGGUUUUCCAGGAUUUUAUUAUCCGUACGAGAAUAUUCAAGGAUAUUUAAGUCCACUCGUGGCUGUACAUUUUCUUCGACCAGCCAGGAAUACAAUAAUCAAUGUUGAGUGUAGAGCAUGGGCAAAAAAUAUUAAAUAUAGUACGAGAAAAUCGGAGAAAAAAGGUGCAGUACAUUUCGAACUUAUGGUAGACUAGUCACAUAUCGCAACAUUCUAUUACGAAACAUAAAUGUCUUCUAUCUGAAGUAAUGUCAACUUGAUUAGAAAAAAGAACAUUUCUUCAUUCGAACGUGUAAACAUUAUGCCGAUGCAGAAUCUGAUUAGAAUUAUCUUCAGUAUAGUAAACGUGAACUCAUUACUAGCUAUAUAUACAGAUUGAUAUUGUCUGAUAAUGAGCACGAAAGGACGAUAUAGGAAUUAUUUAAAACAAAUUUCUUUAUUAAUUUACAUCAAUAUAAUAGUAACACUAUUCCAUUAAUCAAAUCAUUCGCAAAUGAAAUAGUUUCAUUAUCAAUCAUAUCUAAUAAGUUUUAACGUGAUAUAAUAUUUAUAUGUGUAUGAUAGAUGUAAAAUUUUAAUCUGCCUAAUAUCUUAUGUGUUCUACAAUAGCGAAAAGUGUGCCAAUGAACUUAUCGAUCGAUAGAAAUAUUUUGUAAUAGCUUAUUACAAAAAAAAAAAAAAAAAAAAAAUAUGAAUGCGUGCGUUAUCUAGUUAUCAAAGAGGAAUCACACAAGUCCUGUUUUAUAUAAGCAUUUUCUGACAUCUUGCAGUUAUCUCCAUAGGUAAUAACGCGAUAAUGAUUAUACAAUAUAAAUUUAGGUUUGUUUUCUUUUUUUUUUUCUUCUUUUUUUUUUUGUUUCUCUUUCUUUUUAAUAAUGCUUGAAAAACAGCUGUUAUAGAUAAUGAUAAUAAUGAAAGGAGAACGUAGAAAUAGUCAUAUAGUACACAAAACAAUAGGUAUUAAUUUUUCAAUGAUAUAAAUAUCUUACUUGUAUGUAUAUGUAUAUGUGUAUAUAUAUAUAUAUAUAUGUAUGUAUAUGUAUAUGUAUUUAUAUUUAUGUAUACAUAUGCAUAUACAUAUACAUGUGCAAUAUAUAUAUAUAUGUAUUGUGUGUAUAACUUAAUAUGCAGCAUUAUUUUUGUGGAGAGGUACUAAUGACUUAAUUUUAUUUUUGUUUUCUAUUUUUUUUUUUUUUUUGUAUUGAAACUUAAAUAAUACUUUGCAAAGAGUUCUUAAUUCUCGACUUAAACUUAAUAGUUUUUUUUUUUCUUUUUUCUUUUUUUUUUUCCUUUAUUUAGAGAAACUUUCAUACAUUGCAUUUCACAGCUGUUGAUAUCAAUUAUAAAUGAUCACAUUUAUUAUAUUCUUUUCAUCGAACAAUAACAAAAACAAUAAAUUUUUCGAAAUAUUGUAUAUUAUAAUUUUAAAUGCGGAAUUUCACAUUACCAAUAUAUUAAAAGAAGAUCUUCAUUCGAAAAAUUAUAAAUUUUGUUAUAAAAAUCAAAAAAUUGAUGCAAUUUUAAAAUAGAUUCAUCACAUUGUUGUUAUUAAUUAUACUAGAUUUUAAGAUUUGAUUGUAGAAACUAAUUACAUAUGUAUAAAAUGUAUCUUAUAUGGGUGUAGGAAUUAUAUUGUAAUUUUAUGUACUUAUAAUCCCUUUGUUAGAAUUGUUCAUAUAAAGGUGAAUUGUAAUUUGUAAUUAUGUUACAUAAUGACAUUUUGUGUGUAUGUAUGUAUAUAUGUCUAUGUAUAUAUAUAUAUAUAUAUAUAUAUAUAUAUAUAUAUAUAUAUAUAUAUAUAUAUAUAUAUAUAUAUAAAGAUAGUUUUUACAUAUUAUAAAUACUUUCUAAUAAUACAUUCUCUAAAGGGAUAUGUACUUACGAAAAUGCAAAGAGAACAAAAAUCGAAAUGUAAGAAUCAUAUUAUAAAUAUUUCUUUUUCUCAUCGUUUGAUCAUUAAAUAAUUAAUAACAAUUAAUAAUUAAUAAUUUCAAAAUCAUAUUAUAAAUAUCAUAAUUCGCAAAGAUUAAUUAGAGAUAAAGCAAAUAAGUAAACAUUAUAUAAAUAAAAAGUUAUGUAAUGACAUUAAAUAUAAUAAUAUAAUGAAAUGUAUCAAACCACCAAUACGAUAUUUAAUUAUAUUUUACGAAUUAACAGAAAUGACUUUUUAAAAUAAUCCUUGUUAAUAAGAAAAAAAAAUUAAUUCAUUCAAACACAGAAUUUUAUUGAACUUUUUGGCAAGUACACAUUAAUUUAUUAUUACAUUUCAGUUUUAUAUCUUAAAAUUGUGUAAAAAUAUGAUAAUCGCAGAAAAAAGAAAAUGUAUAUUUAAAGAAUUACAAUGAGGUUCUAAAUUUCAAGGCACUUGAAAAUAUAUCUCUUUGCAGAUCAAGAUUUUUAUAAUAAAAAAUUUCAUUAUAGACUGUAUAUAUAAAUAUAUAGAGUUAUUUUAAUCUACCGAUAUAACUCUAAAGGGGCUAUAUAUAUAUAUCUAUAUGAUCAAAAUUAAUCGAAAUUGUAAAGUGAUUUUAUUUUUGAAUAAAUUGAGUUUAAAGAUUUGUAUAAAAAUGUUAUACUAUUUAAGAUUUUUGAUUUUUUUUUUUUUUUUUCAUAUAGAUUCACCGUCCAUUCAGUUGUAUCGUUGGAUUAGAAAUACUCUGUAUAUAUACGUAUGCGUAUAUAUAUAUAUAUAUAUAUAUAUAUAUAUAUAUAUAUGUAUGUAUAUAUAUAUAUAAAAUGUUUUCUUUUAGUUUCAUUUAGAUAGCACUGUACUCAUUCGAAAGUUUAUUCUGACAUCAAAAUAAUUUGAUAAUUGGAAAAUUUAUAAAUAUUGUUAUUAUAUUUAAAAAUUUUACAAAAUAAUUGUAACAAUAUUCUGAUGUAGUAAUGUAUUUUGGUUUCUUUUUAUAUUUAAAAUCAUUGUUAUUAGAAAUUCAUCAAAAAAUCCUUUAUAAAACUUUCUAUGUAAUGGAGAAGCUCAAAAACAGACAAAUAUUUUUGCAAA